GGUACGUGACUACCAUCUUGGAAGAUGCAAAAAUUUACUCGAGUCACGCAAAGAAAUCCAGCGUGGAUGCGGAUGACGUGAGGCUGGCAAUCCAGUGUCGAACAGACCAGUCGUUCACAUCUCCGCCCCCGAGAGACUUCUUGUUAGAUAUUGCAAGGCAGAAAAAUCAGACGCCGCUGCCAUUGAUAAAGCCUUACUCAGGACCCAGGCUUCCGCCUGACAGAUACUGCUUGACGGCCCCCAACUACAGGCUGAAGUCCUUGCAGAAAAAGGUCUCUUCCUCUGCGGGGAGAAUCACCGUCCCUCGGCUGAGCGUUGGUCCGGUGAGCAGCAGGCCCAGCACUCCCACUUUAGGCACACCUUCAGCACAGACAGUGUCUGUCUCAGCCAAAGUUGGCACCCCCGUGUCACUGACUGGGCAGAGGUUCACCGUGCAGAUCCCGUCUUCUCAGGCGGCAGUGAAGUCAGCCACACCAACUACUCCAACGGUGCAGAAUGUUCUAAUUAAUCCUUCGUUAAUUGGACCAAAGAACAUUCUUAUUACUACAAAUAUGGUAUCGUCACAGAAUACAUCCAAUGAUUCAAACCCCUUGAAAAGGAAGCACGAAGAUGAUGACGACUACGAUAACUUGUGA